GCGACGCUCACCCCCGCGCAGCUCGCCGUUCGUGCGCAGUGGCCGCCAUGUUCGCUGUGAAGCGGAACGCCGUCAUUGGCUUCAACCUCUACUGCGGUGGCGGCCUGGCCCUGGCGCCUGCCUCGCCCGGAGGGGGCCCGACGCCGCCGCCGCCCGCCGCCGCCCCCGCCACGGCCGCCGCCGCCGCUGAGGUGCCCUGGGCCGCCGCCAGUCGCCCCGAGGUACCCCGCACGCUGAUUGGCCAGGCCGCAGCCCCCCGCUCGCUGAUUGGCUGCGGCGCGGCCCCCCGCGCCGCGCUGCCCCCCGGCGGGCGGCCGGGCGCGCUGUGGAGCCCCGAGGAGGAGCUGGACGGCUGCGAGCCCGAGCCCGAGCGCGGCCCGGCGGGGGACUCGCUGCCCGGCCCGCCCGACGGGCUGCGGCAGGACUCGCUGGAGCUCAUCAGCCGCUACCUGCGGGAGGCGGCGGGCGAGUCCGAGCCCGGCGCCAAGAAGCUUUUCCCGGGGCUGCUGGGCGGGCCUGGCCGGCCCGGCGAUGCCGUGAUGGAGAAGGCGCUGGAGACGCUGCGGAGAGUCGGCAACGGAGUGAUGCAGAAGCACGAGCUCACCUUCCAGGGAAUGCUUCAGAAGUUGGACAUCCAGAAAGAGGAAGAUCUGCAGUCGGUGUGUGAAGUGGCUGCCCAUGUGUUCAGUGAUGGAGUAACAAACUGGGGUCGAGUGGUGACGCUAAUCUCAUUUGGUGCCUUUGUUGCAAAACACCUGAAAAGCAUAAACCAGGAGAAGUGCAUCAGCUCGCUGGCAAGGAUCAUCACGGAUGCUCUCGUCUCAUCUAAGCGCGAGUGGCUUAUGAGUCAGGGAGGCUGGGAUGGCUUUGUUGACUUCUUUCGAGUUGAGGACCUAGAAGGCAGCAUCAGAAACAUACUGAUGGUGUUUGCAGGUGUGGCUGGACUGGGAGCAAGCUUGGCCUACAUGAUCCGGUGAGCCAGGGUGUGCUGCAGAGGGACAAAACUCUGGGUGGAUUGGCUCUGUUUGGGGCUGGAGAGCUGAUCACUUCCUCCUGUUGAGUACUUGCGAAGCUGGACUUGAGUGACCCAAGGAGAAUACCUAGGCAUCCCCUGAGCAAUCCUUUCCUAAGAAGGAAGGUGUGAUCCAGUCAGGUUGUGGGUACCGCUGAGGAUUUAUUGCUCUGGGAACAGAAAGUGGAAGAAUUGAUACUCUGCUUCUUUCAAGAGGAUGAUGACAGAAUGCUCAAAUGGACUGCUUCAGUUUUAUCCCAGAGAGAACCGAUCUGCUUAGUGGCAAGCCAGUGAGCACCAGCAGCUUUUGUCUGGACUGCAGCCUCCUGGGCUUGGCACGGCAGCUGUGCGUGGAGCAGAUGUUUCAGGGUUGUGGGUUUCUGGAAAUACCAUCUUCUGCUGCUGGUGUCCUGCCUGAACUUGUGGCUUUUCUGUUGGAGCAGAAGCACUGAACACUGGGGUGUGAGCCUGUGCCUGCCCCCAGGUGCGCUGGUGAGCGGGCCUUUGGCCACUGCUGGCUCCGCACACAUCCACCCUCUAGAAGUGGCAGAGCUGUGCCAGCAGCUGAGUCGUGUGACCUGCUGCCAGAACACGGGGUGCUGGAGCCCUGCGUGGCUCCUUCCCUCCCAGCAGGGCUUCAGCCAGGUCACUGUGCAGGCAGAGGGGUGUUGGGAGUGGGAUGGGUGAGGUGGGGCUCAGGGUGGUAACCACAGCCAGCUGCAGCACAGCCACGUUGGCCUGUCUGGCUGAUUUUGGCUAUACUGGUGCAACUCGCCACACGCAGGCAGUUUAAAAAUAGGGAGUGCAUUUGUAAGUAUGUAAAACCCCACAUGGGGUGGGGAGGCUGUAGAGAACCUGUAAAUAUCUAUAAAUCUGUAAAAUAUGUACAUUUUUACAGAGCUAAUGAUGCAAAAAGGAGGAUUUUUGAAUGUGGUAGAACUGCUUAUGGGUGCACUGUACUUCAUUCCUCAUGUGAAGUAGCAUUUUUGUGGCGAAGCCUUCUCCUGCCUUGACUCCAAGCAAGCCUUUCUCUGAUGUACUUGAGCAACGUUGCUAGGGAGCGUGACAAGGAUCAGUGGCCUGGUGGACUCGCUGUGCCCACAGCUUGCUGGCCACAGUUGAUGUUUCUGUUUGUUUUAAUCUUUUGUUUUGUGGGGGUUUUUUUUGGUUGUUCUACACCUCCUAGCGGGUGGGGAGCUGUGGAAGUUGGUAUCUGUCACUUCCUUAUCUUCACUUUGAUCCUCUAAGCCAUGAGCUGAACGAAGCUGAUGUUUGAAUGUAAAUGUUCUGGAGCAGACUAAAACUUGUCAGCUCAGAUCUGCAGCUUGUGCAAGUCCAUUGGUGCCGGCCCUGGGCAUGGUCCCUGGUCCCCAGCUGGUAGUAUUGCUUCUUGGUGGGCUCACAGUGCUCAUCUGCCUUGUGCCCUCUCUCCAUGGGGGGUGGGACCCGGUCCUGCACAGCGAGGAACAUCCUUGUCCACCGUGCUUGACCUGCAGCCUGAGUGAUGCCUGAUGGAAACCCAAGUGGAGAGCUAAAAGAUGGUGCUAUUGUCAGGCCUGCUUGUUUGUUGGACAAGCACUUAGUUUUGUCAAUAAAUGUCUUUUGUUCUCA